UCUUUGCUUGUGACUGCUCUCUUGUGACUUCUCUCUUGUGACUGCUUUCUCAUAGCUGUUCUCUUAUGGUUGUUCUCUCGUGCCUACUCUCAAAUAACUUCUUCCCUCCCUGGAGCGCGGUCGCUGGUUCUCAUAGUCUUUGUUCGUCCUCGAGCUCCCGCUGCUCCCGUCUAAAACAUAGUGUAUCGACGGUAACGAGGUUCAAACACAGCCAUGUCGUCACCUGCAUCAAUCACCCUCCUUCAUAUUCCUUAUCUUCACCACCACCCAUCACAUUAUCCAACACCUCCCCAUCACAUACUGCGACUUGCACCUAAGCCACAAACACAUCACCCCAAACCCACGCACUCUCCAAACGAAAAAGGUCACGGAAAGAAAAAGUGA